CUGCAGAAAGGGCAGCGUGUUGAAAGGCAGCUUUGGGGAGAAGGGGGUAAAUUGAGCCAGUGGUAAGUUGAACCACCCCCUGUAACCAGGCAACGCCUUAUAGUUGUAAUCAAGGGACCAGAAAGUAUGCAAGCUCCACCCAUUGCCUGUGAAAGAGAGAUACUCAUUGUGGUCUGGUUACUCACAGUACUCGUGACCCAGUGCACCGGUAGGUCAUGCCACAUGAUUGCCAUCCUCCUCGACCAAUCAGAACGCCUGCCUAAAUAUUUUUCAGCCAUUCACUGAGCCGCCUAACGGGGAAAACCGAGUAAAGGCGGAAGUUGCCGAAGCGUUUCCACUCAUCUUUCUGCGACAGCAAUGGCACGACUGGAGAUGUUUUAUAUCAUCGGGGCGCUGCUGAUAACACAAAGCGUCGCCAUAUUCAGAGUUCCGCUUCAUAAAACCCGGACCAUGCGCCGAAUGAUGAGCGACAAUGGGAAGCUGUCCCUGCCGGAGCUGAGAGCUUUAGCGACGGGCAACGGAGCUCCAGAGAGUGCCCCCUCCCCCUCUCCCUCCCCCAAAGUGCCCGUAGAGAGGCUCACCAACUUCAUGGAUGCGCAGUACUUUGGUCUGAUCAGCAUCGGGACCCCUCCUCAGGCCUUCACAGUUCUGUUUGACACCGGCUCGUCCAACCUCUGGGUUCCCUCCAUCCACUGCUCCUUCUUCGACAUAGCCUGCUGGGUUCAUCAUCGCUACAACUCGAAGAAGUCGAGCACAUUUGCUAAGAAUGGCACAGCGUUCUCUAUCCGUUACGGCAGAGGCAGCUUGUCUGGGUUCAUCAGCGGGGACACGGUCUCUGUUGCAGGUCUGCCUGUCCAGAACCAGCAGUUUGGCGAGGCGGUGAAGCAGCCUGGCAUCACGUUUGCAGUGGCUCGGUUCGAUGGGGUCCUGGGCAUGGCCUACCCCUCCAUAUCAGUCGCUAACGUCACUCCGGUGUUCGACUCGGCCAUGGCUGCCAAGCUGCUGCCCGAGAACAUUUUCUCUUUCUACAUUAGCAGAGACCCUAAAGCAGCAGUGGGGGGAGAGCUGAUUCUGGGAGGGACGGACCCUCAGUACUACACCGGAGACCUGCACUAUGUUAAUGUCACACGAAAGGCCUACUGGCAGAUCGAGAUGAGCGGAGUUGGAAUUGGGGAACAGCUGACUGUCUGCAAAGGUGGUUGCCAGGCGAUUGUCGACACGGGAACGUCCCUCAUCGUCGGUCCUAAAGCUGAAAUCAGAGCGCUGCAGAAGGCCAUCGGAGCUCUGCCCUUGCUGAUGGGAGAGUAUUGGAUCGACUGCAAGCGGAUCCCAUCUCUCCCUGUGAUCUCCUUCAACAUCGGAGGGAAGAUGUAUAACCUGACGGGAGAGGAUUAUGUCAUGAAGGAGUCUCAGAUGGGUCAGGCCAUCUGUCUGUCAGGCUUCAUGGCGAUGGACAUCCCGCCCCCUGCAGGGCCGCUGUGGAUUCUGGGAGAUGUUUUCAUCGGGAAGUAUUACACGGUGUUCGACAGGAACGCAGAUCGAGUCGGGUUCGCCCCCGCCAAGUAGCUCCCUGACCACCACAUGUUGCACUUCUUCUAAUUUCUAGCAGUUAUUUAACUUUCAAGGUGGCAACCAACCAAGCUAAAGGUCAGCAUCAAUGUUGCUUUAUUUCAACGGCAAGAAUGUAGUGUUUGAUAUUGAUGCGACACCUGGUUUGCCACUAUUUUUAUAUUUCACAUCUGCUUAGAAUAAUGAGGUUUACAUGAGAAACUGGCUGCUUAUGAGUGAUGCAGAUGCUACAUUAGCCAGAUGCUACAUUACACAUUUCAACAUUUAGCAAGGGCUGUAGAUGUUCUGCCGCUGAACAAAGGACUGCUUCCCAAAAUGUGUCUGUGAAUCCGAGUUUGAGCAUCUUUGAAAUGGCAGGGCAUUUGAAUUUUUACAAGGGGGAACAAAUGCAACUAAAUUGUAAUUUACUUUCAUUUCGAACAUUUCCUGCUCCCGAAGUCUAAUGAAUAUUUUAAUGAUGUUGUUGCUUAAAGGUGGGGUAGGUAAGUUUGAGAAACCGGCUCGAGAUACACUUUUUGUUAUCUUCCAUGGAAUGCUCUUAACAUCCCGAUAGCAAUGAAUAUCUGAAGAGUUUUGACAAAAAAUACAUUAAAAUAUUUCAUCUGUGGAAGCCGAAAACCAAUCCUCUGAGCCGGCCCGGCUAAAGUAACUGGAUGGCCUACCUGCCUGUCAGCCUUCCAUCUGUGCACAAACUUAUCUCGUGCCCUCAUUGGUCAUGUGUGUGUUGGAGGAGGGGCUCUGAAAGGAAGUGGCAGAUUUUUUCCGGUUGUGUAUUUUUUUUAUUCUAGCGCACUCGAGCUGGUUUCUCCAAAAUGACCUACCCCACCUUUAAGGUAUCUCAGGAUGUUUGUCUUGCUAUGUGAAUUUUUAUUACCAAAUAUCACUGAAUUAAACUUUAAAUAUUUAACUAUUGGACGGCUGAGUGUUUAUUGUGAUCUGUGCUUCAACACUGCAUCCUUAGAAGAGAAAACAAAGAGAAUAACAUUUGUAAUAUUUUAAUGGAAGUAUACAAAGUGCUGCCGCGUUCAACUCCAGAGCUGAACUAAAAGAGGCGAGGUGGGGGAUGGGGAUACACAGCAUGCAACAAAGCGUAUGGGCUAGCAUGAACUCCACAAGGUAGAGGUAGUGAUCUACUUUGUUUUUUUGUUUCACAAUAACAAUAGAAAUGUGGCAGUGACUCCCCUCCACUCUGACAGCAGCAUGUCGCUUCAUAUGCAGACCGGUCUACCAUGAGUUCAUUUUAAAUCCGUACAUCCAGCACAAAGCACUUCAUGAAGCACAUUAAGCGGUACUUUACAUGGUGAGUGAAAUGCAAAUAAAAUCCAGCUCUUUUUGGUUACAAAUGUACAAUAAAUACAAAAAUAUU